AACGGGCGGGGCAUUUUCGUCAUUCUACUUAACAAACUUCAACAGGACUCGACAAUCGUUUCAGAAAAACCCCGUGACACUACUCUGAGCAUUCCAAAACCCUAAUCAGAGCUGCAGAAAAAUUGAUAAUGUCAGCUUUGCUGCGAUCUUCGUCGCGUUUGUUCUCCACAAUCUCUAGGAGAAAUAGUGGACUUUCUUCAAAUUUCGCUUCAGAAUCGCCCAAGCCAACGAUGAUCUCUUCCGCGAUCCUCGGUGAUCAGCCUCCGCCAUCAGAGGAUCUGCCGCCUUUACGGGAACCAGAGGCUGUGAAAAGUUCCUGGAGCUUUCUUAAGUAUGGAAUCAUCGCCGCGCUCACCGGCACUGCUGCUACUGCAGGCUACGCUACCUAUGCAUACUCGUUGGAUGAAAUUGAUGAGAAUAGUAAGGCCCUUCGUGCAUCUACCAAUGUCACCAUUGGGGAUGAUGUAAAUUCUUCAGAUAAAUAUAAAGCUUAUCUACGUGCAGCUGCAAUGACAGGGCUUUCUAAGUUAGUUGAAGGGUACCUUGACUUGAGGAGGUUAACUGAAGAACACGUUAAGGGUUUCACCGAACCGAUAUCAGAUAAGCUUUUGCCAGAUUUGCAUCCUUUGGAGAAGCAUAUUUUUACCCUUGUUCUUGAUCUGAAUGAGACUUUGAUUUAUUCUGAAUGGAAGCGUGACAGGGGAUGGAGAACAUUCAAAAGACCAGGUGUAGAUGAAUUUUUGGAGCAUUUAGCCCAAUUUUAUGAAAUUGUUGUAUAUUCUGACCAACUAAUUACGUAUGUUGAUCCUGUUGCUGAAAGAUUAGAUCCAAAAAAUUGCAUCCGCUAUAGGCUCUCAAGGGUUGCAACGAGAUAUAUAGAUGGCAAACACUACAGGGACCUUUCUAUGUUAAACAGGGAUCCAGCAAAGGUUCUAUAUAUAAGCGGGCAUGCUCUAGAAACUAGCCUUCAGCCUGAAAAUUGUGUUCCUAUAAAAGAAUGGCAAGGGGAAGCAGAAGACACGGCUCUUUUGGAUCUUAUCCCGUUCCUGGAAUAUGUUGCCAGACACCAACCAGCUGAUAUUCGAACUGUUCUAGCCUCUUAUCAAGGUCGUGAUAUUUCAAAAGAGUUCAUUGAACGAUCAAAAGAGCUUCAAAGGAGGAUGCAAGAACAGAAGCAGCACGGACGUCCCUGGAGACUCAGAUAAAAGUGCCAACAUUCCUCAACUUCAUUUAUCUGAAGAAGCAUUUGGAAUGUUUAAUUGCAAAUCUUCUCUGAGGUUGCCUCAACACAGUUUCUCUUAACCCAAAUAUGCUCUGUUUUUGCCCCCCUAUUUACAAUUGCCAUGAAAGUAAUUUUUGGCAGAGUUAGCAAUUUCGUCCUUUACAACAUCUGUGUACUGUUAUAGGUGGAUAUAAAUUUUGCAACUCAACCAAAAAGCACAGAUGGUUCCUAUUUGAGGUGAAUAUGUACCCUUGGGUCCUGCUAUUGCAAGGUUUUUUUGGAAGAUUUGUCAUUCAUUCAUAUUCUUUUGCUGGAGACUCGGCGAUUCUAAUUGCUAACGCAUCGCCUCUUAGACAUGUCUGUGGAAGUGUGAUGUUUACUUUGAGUGAUAGUUUAGAUAGAUAAAAAAUUGUAUGGACUAAUCCACAACAUAUUUUGGUGGAUGCAUAAUUUUGAGCUUGUUUAUCGUAGUAUUUUUUUU